GGAUGCAGAAGCCCCUCCUCACCGUCUUCUCGGCGCACUGAUUGCUUCAAUAUCCUCGCGUGUCAGGGCGACUCACGCCAAACCUCUUCGAUUCUGCGCUCUAUUUCGCCUCUUGCGAUCUUGCACUCCUAGCCCGCGGACAUGCCGUCUAUUUCGGCGGGGCAGGAGCGGAGCCGGGUGCUGGUCAUCGGCGGCACGGGCUACAUCGGCCGGUUCAUCGUCGCCUCCAGCUGCCGCGAGGGCCACCCCACCUCUGUCCUCGUCCGCGACUCCGCGCUGGCUGACCCCGCCAAGGCCGCCCUUCUCCAGGGGUUCCGGGACACCGGCGUUACCCUCGUCAAGGGAGAUCUGUACAACCAUGAAAGCUUGGUGGUGGCAAUCAAAUCUGCAGAUAUUGUGAUCUCGGCAGUGGGAUACACUCAGCUACCAGAUCAAAUCCACAUUAUCUCAGCAAUAAAAGAAGCUGGGAAUGUAAAGAGAUUCUUGCCAUCAGAGUAUGGGAAUGAUGUGGAUCAUGUGCAUGCGGUUGAGCCUGCAAAGUCGAUCUUUGCUGUCAAAGCUCGUAUAAGGCGUGCCAUUGAGGCUGAGGGGAUCCCGUACACAUAUGUAUCAUCAAACUUCUUUGCUGGUCGUUUCUUGCCAUGUCUUGGUCAGGUUGGGGUUUCUGUCCUUCCAACAGAUAAGGUUCUCAUCUUAGGUGAUGGAAAUGUGAAAGCAAUAUUUGCGGCAGAGGAGGAUGUUGGCACCUACGCGAUCAAAGCAGUAGAUGAUCUGAGAACCCUGAAUAAGGUCCUGUAUCUGAGACCAUCAAGCAAUAUUUUGUCUCACGAUGAGCUUGUCUCACUCUGGGAGAAGAAAACCGGAAAGACAUUUGAGAGGGUAUACAUUCCAGAAGAUGAGGUCCUGAAGAAGAUUCAAGAGUCUCCAGUUCCACUGAACAUAAAGAUGUCAAUCAGCCAUUCUGUAUGGGUUAAGGGGGACCACACCAACUUUGAGAUUGAUCCUUCAUUUGGAGUUGAAGCCACCGAGCUUUACUCUGAUGUCAAGUACACUACUGUGGAUGAAUACCUAAACAAGCUCCUUUGAACUCCUAGAUCCUAUUUCUACUAUUCAAAUACAUUUAAUUAUAAAAGCAUCUACUGUAAUUAGAACAUGACUUUCUUGAUAGAAAGUAUGUGUUUUCCGUAGUUGACGCCCAGCGUGUUAUUGUUGGUCGAAUUCAGACAUCACUUGCUUGAUGAAAAGUGUUAAACUAAAAGGUACUCCUAGUCUGUCAUGGGCAACUGUCGCACGGGUCCAUUAGAACUCUAACCCAAGUUCAGUAUAUAUCUAAUCUGAAUUAUUAUU